UUGAAUUGCAAGUGGCGUGAAUGAAUGUGUCGACUGUGUUGGUGGGCUUAAAAAGGGCUCGCAGCACAGACACAUGCAUCAUAUCUGUCUCAGCCAGAAGCACGCAAUGACAAGUCUCGCCUUUGUCUCGCUUCUCCUUGUUACUAUGAUGGCGUCCACAGCCUCAGCUCAAGGUGGGAUAGGCAGUUGUUGUCGACACCAUUCAAUCACUCAAAUCCACCGAGACCACCUGAGGAGUUAUUACAAACAAUCUAAAUCGGCAUGUCCUAUAAACGCAGUGGUAUUUACCACGUGGAAAAACAUUCGGAUCUGCUCCAACCCAGAGAAACUGUGGACACAGACCAGCAUGGCCUACCUGGACGGAAAAAACUGGCAAAUCCAGCGUUCCACCUUACACAAACGCCAUCGCUGACACAAUAAGACAGCAGUAUUGAAACUAAUACUAAAAAAGCCAUGGUCCCCCAAUUCCCCUCGUCUAUUGUUUGAGUUCGACAGACUUUUGAAUGUUUUCAUAUUUUCUGCAAAGUCUUAAUCUGAUUUUAGUUAAGCGAAAUUAUAUCUAUUAUAUUUGCCUUUUUAUGUAUGGUUUUCAAUGAUAUGGUGUUUGUUUGAUGGCUGUAAAUAUGUAAAUAACGUGUCACUUUCAUUGUACAAUGAUUCUGAGUGACAUAAGCUAAUAAAAACGUUCACAAUG